AUGCUUGCUAUUAGAAAUUGGACUUCGAGUCCUUUGAAAGCAUUACGACGUAAGGCUUGGCCGCUGCCCAGUGCGACUGCACCGCGCCUUGAUUCGUCACAGCUCGUAGAAGAAGAGAAUACGCCCUACUAUAACAUUUCGAGAUUCUAUCCCGCUCGACUGGGCGAAGUUCUCAAUAACCGGUACCAGAUCGCUACGAAGCUUGGUUAUGGGGUGACCUCAACUGUCUGGCUUGCAAGAGAUCUUUACCAAUGGCGCUGGUCGGAAGAACGAUAUGUCGCAAUCAAGAUUCUAGCUAGAUCAAGGCCUCGCUUGCACCAAAGAGCUACGGAGGGGGAAUUGAACAUUCUUAGGCACAUUUCAAAACGGCGUUCGCGUCACGAAGGCUGGCACUUUGUCCGAAAAUUAUUAGGCUCUUUUACGCUCCAGACUGCUUCAGGAGAUCAUACUUGUCUAGUGUUUGAACUGCUGCGCGAGCCCUUAUGGAUAUAUCGUCAAAGAUGGCAGGGCGAUGUGAUACCACCGGAAUUGCUCAAAAUUAUGCUUCAGAUGAUUCUGCAAGGGCUAUCUUACCUCCAAUCUGAAUGCCAUAUAAUACACACCGAUCUAAAGCCGGAUAAUAUUAUGGUAAAGAUUGAAAAUAAAUCAAUCGUUGAGCAGAAUGUCUUGGAUGAGUUCCAUAACCCAUUUCCACAAAAGCAUCUUAAUGAUGGGCGAAUCAUUUAUAUGUCUCGAAAUGACUUGGGGCCGCCAGUUGGGACCACCGGUCUAGUUACUAUUGCCGAUUUUGACCUCGCCGUCCGAGGAGACGAACCAAACUCCGGGUUUAUUCAGGCACAGGCCCUCCGAGCACCAGAGGUAAUAGUUGACGCAGGCUACAGUUAUAGUGCUGAUAUAUGGAAUCUAGGAGUCAUGCUGUGGGAUGUUCUUGAGGGAAAGGCACUUUUUGAAGCAGCCGCUCCACGUGUCGACCGGAAGUACGAGGAUGGGAAGCAUCUUGCGUAUAUUACUGCUUUACUCGGCCCCCCUCCACAAGAGCUAUUGAAGAAGGGACGACGAACUCAAAAGUUUUACGACGCUGCUGGAGAUUUAAAAGGCAUAGACAUCCCUACAAACUUUAGCUUCGAGACUACACUCACGAAUGUCAAGGGCGAAGAGAAGAAAAUGUUUAUUGCGUUUGUGAAACGGAUGCUGAAAUGGAAGCCAGAAGAGCGGAGCGCCGCAGAAGAAUUACUCGGCGAUCCAUGGCUUUACACCGACUUUGAUAACACAGACCCUGCCAUAUGA